AUGAUUAAUGGCUUGUGCAAAAGUAAAAGGGUCGAUGAAGCCUUGAAUCUCUUUGAAGAGAUGUGUCGCAAGAACUUGGUUCCUGACACGGUAACUUACAGUACUCUAAUUGAUGGCUUGGGAAAAUCAAGGAGAAUCCUUUGUGCCUUGGAGCUUCUUGGAAAGAUGCAUGAUCGAGGUCUACCCGCUGAUAUAGUCACUUACAGUUCUUUGAUGGAUGCUUUGUUCAAUAUCAAACAACAUGACAAGGCACUUAUGUUAUUCAAUCAAAUGAAAGAGAGUGGCACUGAUCUAGAUAUAUAUACAUACAACAUACUUAUAGAUGGCCUGUGCAAAAGUGGAAGACUUAAAAAUGGCAAGAGACAUUUUUCAAGAUCUUUCCGUGAAAGGCUAUCCUCCAAAUGUGACGACAUACACCAUUAUGAUCAAUGGGCUUUGCAAAGAGGGUCUGCUUCAUGA